CUCCACCCUGAUCCAUAUAAAACAGUCACCUGUCCUAUAGAGGCGUAUUCCGGUUACACUUGUCUGAAGAUUUAACGGGUGUCAAGUGCAGAUAUCAGAAAUCACAAUGGCAACAUUUAACCAGCCUCAAACUGUGAUUACCCAGCAAGUUACUGUUAUUAAAAGCCCUGAAUGGAGCACAGGAAUCUGUGACUGCUGUGAUGACUUGGGCAUUUGUUGCUGCGCUACCUGGUGUUUGCCGUGCUUCAUGUGCAAGACAGCCAAUGAUUUUGGCCAAUGCGUAUGUCUGCCCCUGCUCGACCCUACGCUGACUGGCUACUUUUUUGGAUUUACACCUUUAACAAUUCCUCCCAUCUCUCUAGCCAUGCGAGCAUCCUUGAGGGAAAGAUACGGCAUUCAGGGGACCAUCUGUGAUGACUGCUGCACGGUCUUCUGCUGCUUCUCCUGCAACUGGUGCCAAAUGGCAAGAGAACUGAAGAAACGGAAGCAACCUUUGACCAUUGUGAAUGCCCAUACCACAACAUUCAAUACGGUCCAGCCAUCCCAGCAACCUGCCUACAAUCCCAAAUACUAACAGUUCAGUUCUGUCAAUUAUAUGAUGCACCAUACGAUGGAUGCUAUCUCAUAUUCAAUUGCUCGACUUAAGGAGUUUGCUUUGCUUUUGGUUUGUUGCUCAGCCAUGUGCAUUUAGUGUAUUCCAACAGGCACAAUAAGGUGAACCUGUAAUCACACUUUGGGACAAAAAAAAUUAAAUAUGUGACUGCCAUUCCUAAACAAUUUGGAUCUUCCAAGUCGUACGUUAUGGAGAUUAUUACAAACAUUGGUGGGCUCUAGCAGUGCAGUUCUGAUCAUAAUUUGUUUCGUAAGUUAUCAAUGUAAUGCUUUAAUGUAAUGGUUUAAUCUCAAGGGUUUAAAUGCAUUAAGAAUAUGAGAGAAGAUUUGUCCACCGUGAUCAAAAGAUAAAUUCAGAUUGAGCAGUCACACUAUUAGUAAGACAGUGGCCAACAACAAGUUGAGGCAGCUUCUCCUGACUGACAAGCCUCAGGGUUCACAUUUCAUAGUGAGACGAGAGCAUUCAGCUUUAGUUUUCAUGACUACUUGUGUAACUUUUCUGCCAUCCAUCCAUACAUCCAUUGAUUUUUUUGAGCUCAGAUUUUUCACAUGUAGUAGGAUGCUGGCACCUUACCCAGCACCUUCAGGUGUAGAUAAGGAACCCACCCAAGGACACAUGAACCAAA